CCUUCCUUUCAACACUCUCUUGUCUUUAACCUGCAUUCAUAUUCAUAUAUAUAUGUAUAAUAGCUAAGCUCCAUUUACUAAAUCUUCAAUUUUUCUCUAUCAUUUUCCUUCUUCAAUUCAAUAAUGGCAAUCUUUUUUCUCCAUUUUCUUCUCUUGCUCAUUGUUGUCCCUUCUACAAAUGCUGGUUAUUGGCCACCUUCUCCUGGCUAUUAUCCAAGUUCCAAGUUUAGGUCUAUGAGCUUUUAUCAAGGAUUUAGAAACCUUUGGGGCCCUAAUCAUCAAAAUGUAGAUAAUAAUGGCAUUAAUAUUUGGCUUGAUAGAAAUUCAGGAAGUGGAUUCAAGUCAAUUAAACCAUUUCGAUCAGGGUAUUUUGGUGCUUCCAUUAAACUCCAACCUGGUUAUACUGCUGGUGUUAUUACAGCUUUUUACCUUUCAAAUAAUGAAGCUCAUCCAGGGUACCAUGAUGAAGUGGACAUAGAAUUUCUUGGAACAACAUUUGGGAAGCCUUAUACAUUGCAAACCAAUGUUUAUAUUAGAGGAAGCGGAGAUGGGAAAAUUGUAGGAAGAGAAAUGAAGUUUCAUUUGUGGUUUGAUCCAACAAAGGAAUUUCAUCACUAUGCUAUUCUGUGGAGUCCUAGAGAGAUCAUAUUUCUUGUGGAUGAUGUGCCAAUAAGGAGGUAUGCUAGGAAGAGUAUUGCAACAUUUCCACUAAGGCCAAUGUGGUUAUAUGGAUCAAUAUGGGAUGCAUCUUCUUGGGCAACUGAGGAUGGAAAAUACAAAGCCGAUUAUAGGUACCAACCAUUCUACGGGAAAUUCACGAACUUUAAGGCAAGCGGUUGCACCGCCUAUUCAUCGCGAUGGUGCCACCCCGUGUCCGCUUCACCAUCCAGGUCCGGAGGCCUUACCAGGCAACAACGUCAAGCCAUGAAUUGGGUUCAUAGUCACUACUUGGCUUAUGACUAUUGUCGAGACUCCAAAAGAGACCAUUCCCUAACACCGGAAUGCUGGCGUUAAGCGAACUGCAAAAGCUGUGAGAUGUAAAAGUACAUGGGUGGAAGUGUCAAUCUUUCAUAGGAUUAUCCUAUUUUGUGCGAACUACCCUUCUUCUUUUUUUGUCUUUUUUUUAAUUUUUUUUAUUGGGUGUGGGAAUUGUAUGGUGGGGGGAUGGGGGAGGAGUCUUGAGAUGGGUCCCACUUUGUUAAUAGCAAUUGUUGGAGUAGUUGAGCGUCCAAGCCUAUAUCCUCCAAAAGGCAAAAAUACAAAAGGGAUGAAAAUGGUGUGUCUUUUUAUUUGUGUAAUUUUGGUGAAAUAUUAAUUUACCAAUUUUAUUAGCAUAUAUAGACAAAACGAGAAGUGCAUUCACUUUGUUAUUUCUCAAUAAAUUAAAGCAAAAGUGUUUUGUA